AUGAUCCUUCCACCGCGCCCCUUUGCCGACGAGCUGGUCCGCUGGUACCGCCGUCGCAUUCACUCGGUUUUCCCCUUCCUUCACUGGCCCUCGUUCGAAAGCAAAUACCGCUCCUUGUGGGAACAGAAAGCCCCGCCGGUCGAUCGACAGCAAGCCUUCGAAGACCUGUUGUUUCUCGCAUCCCUCAACAUGAUUCUAGCCCAGGCGUGCCUCCGCAACGAGGCGAUGCCGUUGCCCCAAAGGCAGUAUCACGCCGGAGAAUUCUACAAGCGCUCGCUGCGGCUAAUCUCGGCUGAGGCUCUGGACACGGCGUCGAUUCCCGUGGUCCAGCUGCUACUGCUACGGGCCCUGUAUCUCUAUUUUGCGGGUCGGGCCGACCGCUGCUGGCUCAUGCCAGGGGCGGCGGUCCGUGUAGCCAUCGGGCUUGGCCUUCAUCUUGCACCCAGGCGGCCCCUCAAUCAGCUGGACCGUGAGAUGCGCCGCAGGGUGUGGUAUGCCGGCUGUCUUUCACUGGAUCAGUAUGGAUUCUAG